AUAUCCAUGUUAACUGCACACACAUGUGCUAUUGUAUGUAUGUACAAGGUAUUAUUUUGUGGUACUUUAAAACAUUUAUGUGGUGUGUGUAUAUAUAUGUAUUGUAUAAAAUGUGAUAUUUUUUGUAAUGGGAGUACUCUUUGUUUUCCUCUGCAGUGUCUUUUAGUUUUAUGAAAACCCAAAACACUGCCAUAUCCAUGAUUGUUUGAACAACUUCAUUUGGUUGGUAUAAGCAGCUUUCUGGCUGACCGUGAGAUGAUGUGGAAAUUGGAUGCCUAAAGAGAAAGUAGUUAACUUCUGUCUCCCUCUCUCUCCCCUUUUCUUUCCCUUUCCACUCCUCCCACUUUCUUCCCUUUCUCCUCUAGGCUUUUCUGGUUUCUCUUUCUCUGUUUUGACAUUUCUAUGAAAUCUCAAAGUAGAUUCUUAAGGUCCUUGUAGGCGAUAUUGACAUUAAUCUUCACUAAUGAAUACGUAGGAGGUCUGCAGCUUCUAACAUUCAAGGCGAAUUAUCGUUAUAGCUUGAUAUAGUACACCUCAUUUGUUAGGUGGUAUUGGCAUCUGAUUGCAGAGAUUUUCUUUCUUUUAACAAUUUUAAGUCCUUCCUCUGUGUUAAUUUACUUUAACAUUAUUUCACACAAAUUUAGGACUUUAAUUGUGAGGAUUACUUUUUUCUCCCUUGGACAGUUUUUCAAAGUACAUAGUGAUCCAUACUUGUUUAAUGUUACUGUAUAAAUAAUUCAUGUUUCUUAUAAUUAUUAAAACAAUUCAUCUUCUAUUGCUGUCACUUUUCCAAGGAGAAAAAAAGGCGAGAACUUGCAGAAAAUAUGGGAAACAUGCUCAUAUGACAGCUGAGGAUGUGGCUAGGGUAAAGCAGGAAACUCCUACCCACAAUGCAAUGUUACAUAUACUACCACUUAAUAAAAUUUAUAUCAAACAUGCUACUGACAAAACCAAAGAAAAAUAAUAUCCCUGCGAUACUAGUUAACGUACUAAAUAUAUCUAGGGAAAAGUGAAACUAAUCUUUUGGAACCUUUGUACUUAGAGAAUAUAGUGAAUGAAACUGGGACAUCAUAGCACAUUGGAGCCUUUGUGCUAUGGGUCUUGCUUGUAGGUGAAACUGUCCUAUAAGGAGAACUUUUUGGAUAUUCACUUUCCUGGAAAAGACACAAAAGGGCACGCUUUCUUUUUUGAUUGAAUCAUUGCAGUAUUUUACAGGGUUCGAGAAUGUUGUCAUCUAGUAAGAAAAAUAAGUUAAAUUAUGAGAUGUUCAUCAUAUUUAUUUAAACUCUUUACCCAUCCAGGUAUAUUUCUUUGCAUCUUAAAUUGGUUUUUAUUGCCAGAUUUGACAUGGGGUUUGAAGUGUUCAUUGGAGGCAAUUUUCUUUCCAAAGUAAUUGUUUUUCUUGCUUUUUAGUUAUUGUAACCUACCUAUAGCUUACCUGGCCAGUCUAUAUGCUUUACUAAAGGGAGGUUAGUCUGAGGCAGAAAAACUGAUUGUAUAAUGUCAUUGAAAAAGAUACAAAGAUAUCUUUCAUAAAAGAAAAGCAGGUUUUAAUAUCCCUAGAGUUUCUGUUUCAAGUCUUAAUUUCCUGUGCUCUUAACUGUCAGACUUUAGUAAUCUGGAUGAAUUUAGUACAUUAGUAAUUUAGAUGAAUUUUGAGAUUUUAUAAGGGAGAUUUUCAAAUAUUUAAGGGAAGAUAGAGAGUUUUCAAAUUGGUAAAUAAUGUAUAGAAAUUGUGUGAGAUAAAGAACAGAAGAGACUAUGAAGAACAGAAGAGACCAGUGUUAGUUUUGAAAGAUUCUUUCUUAGUACUCCCAGUUAUGUAAAUGGCUACUGUUUCAGACCCGCCACGGUAUUUGUCAUCUCACCAUUUAAACAUUAGUAUAUUGUCUGUCUCUCUGUAUCUCUGUUAAGGAUGAUUUGCUUAAUUGUUUGAAGUGUUUUCUCCUGUAGAGACUGCUUAUCAAUACCAGCUGUAGCACUGUGGCUUUUCUCCAUGGACUCAUGGUGGUCUUUGGAACCACGUUCUUCAGCUUUGACAGGUUUUCUUUAGGUGAUGCUCGGAGGCCUCUUCAUGAAACGGCAGUUUUGGUAGAAGAUGUGGUGCACACUCAGUUAGUUAAUCUGUUACAGCAAGCUGCUGAAGUUUCUCAGCUUCGGGGAGCAAGAGUAAUUUCUGCUGAAGAUCUUCUGUUUUUGAUGCGCAAGGAUAAGAAAAAACUUAGAAGACUGCUAAAAUACAUGUUUUUCCGAGACUACAAAUCAAAGAUUGUCAAAGGCAUUGACGAGGAUGAUCUUCUGGAAGACAAAUUGAGUGGCAGCAAUAAUACAAACAAAAGACAAAAAAUCGCUCAAGACUUUCUCAACUCUAUUGACCAAACAGGAGAACUCUUGGCAAUGUUUGAAGAUGAUGAAAUUGAUGAAGUUAAACAAGAAAGAAUGGAGAGAGCAGAAAGACAAACUCGAGUUAUGGAUUCAGCUCAAUAUGCAGAAUUCUGUGAAAGUCGACACUUAAGUUUCUCCAAAAAAGGGUCCAAAUUUCGAGACUGGUUGGACUGCGGUAGUAUGGAGAUAAAGCCCAAUGUUGUUGCUAUGGAAAUUUUAGCAUAUUUAGCGUAUGAAACGGUGGCACAGUUAGUGGAUCUGGCUCUUCUUGUGAGGCAGGACCUGGUAACCAAGGCAGGAGACCCCUUCAGCCAUGCCAUUUCUGCCACCUUCAUUCAGUACCACAACUCUGCUGAGGGGUCUUGCUUGAAGCCCUAUCCAGACUCUCCUGAGAACACACCUCCUCCCACACCAACAGCUCCGUCCGCGGGCUCACAGCACUCGGGGAAGGCCACAUCGGGAUCCCUAGGGAAUGGGAGUGCUGGACAAGACUCAGCUAAGACCAAACAAAGGAAAAGAAAAAAGAGCACUGCGGCCUGUGGUGUUGAGGCUCACAGCGAUGCCAUCCAGCCCAGCCACAUCAGAGAGGCCGUCCGACGCUAUGGCCACAAGAUUGGCCCCCUUUCCCCAUUCACAAGUGCCUACCGCAGGAAUGGGAUGGCUUUUCUGGCCUGCUGAUGGGACUGUGACUGUGACAACAGGAAAGGCAAUGUUAUAUUAAGGUGAUUUCUGUUCCCCUCCUUGGGCAAAAUAAAAUACAAGUUUACCUUCUCCACAGCCUUGGGAGUGGGCUGGUUUGUUGUGACUAUCAAUUGACUGACUCCAGCCCUUCUCCAGCCCCCUCAACACUUAGUCUUGUUUACUGGAUGGGCCAUUUAGCCAAUUAAUGGCAGGAUGUUCAGGGUGGUGUGUAGGUGGACAAGAAUGCAAUUUUGCAAUUUGAAUUUGGAAUAGAGCUGCUCUCAGCUCACAUAACUUAAAAGCAGUGUCUUUUUUUUUUUUUUCUCAGUGUUUAGUCUGUGUUUUAUUUGAUGCAUUUUGUAAUCCAGGUUUGGGACAAAGGAAAUAGAAUUAAAAGGACAGUCACAUUUCCCCUUGCACUGUCCCACCAACUCUACUUUCUGACAUUUGGUGACUAGAUUUUCAUGUAUUUUACAAACACAUGUCCACCUUAUGAACUCACACUAAUCAAAGACCUGAUAGGCCCGAUGAACUGUCUGUUCCUUUUCUUCCCUUCACCCCUCAUAUUGUACAUGUGUCAUUCUUAUGGUGUCUUCCCAACUUUCCAAGUAUCUGCCUGUGGUGUGUUUUUUCUGUCAUAGGACUCUUCCCGUCUUCAUUUCUCUCCUUCCUCUGUCCCUCGGAUCCCCAGGCCCACCCCUCACACACACCAUACCCAUUUAGAAGCCAAGCAGUUAGAAUCAAUGGAAGGGCAGCGGAGUGAUCGGUUUUCUCGCUCCAGGGUGCUAGCACCUAGACUGAAUGUGGGCUGGGCACCUCCCUGCUCUAGCAGCUGAGCUCCCCUUCUGACAUCUAUACUUUCUCCAACAAAUGAGGAACUGUCACUCUUGGAAACAAACUCGAAUAUAGCAGUAAUAUACAGAUCUUGAUUCAACUUGAAUUGCAAAAAAGGAAGUUAUCUCUUUCAUCCUUGAUGAGUUUUGCAUAAUUUUACUUUUACUGUGAUUUCUACACACACUGAGACAGCCUUUGUCAAGAAUUAAUAAAAAAAAAGAAAUGA